UUCGUUAUCCACUUCUAAACAUUACAAACUCACUCAUUUCUCUAUCAGAAACAGCAAGUGAAGAAAGAAAAAGAGGCGCAAGGAGCGAGAAACAAAAAUGGCGGCUUCGGUUUCAUCUUUAAUGGUUCCAAUGGCCUCUGCAUCCGUGAAGAAUCUAUCUACCACUCGCCGUGGCAAUAAAGUUCGAGGUUUCACUGUGCAAUGCUCCAACUCGGAGCUCAAUUUUUGUUCAAUUAAGCGUAGAGAUAUAAUCGGUCUUGUUUUUGGAGUUUCAAGCAGCAUUAUGCUAGUAGACUCAUCAUCUGAAGUGGCCAAGGGAGCAGGGUUGCCUCCUGAAGAAAAACCAAGAUUAUGUGAUGAUGCUUGUGAGAAGGAGCUUGAAAAUGUACCUAUGGUAACUACGGAGUCUGGAUUGCAGUACAAGGAUAUUAAAGUUGGUAAAGGCCCUAGUCCUCCUAUUGGUUUCCAGGUGGCUGCUAAUUAUGUUGCUAUGGUUCCAUCUGGACAAAUAUUUGAUAGUUCACUGGAGAAAGGGCAGUUCUACAUUUUCCGUGUUGGCUCUGGUCAGGUGAUCAAGGGACUUGAUGAAGGGAUUCUGAGUAUGAAAGCUGGGGGGAAGCGGCGACUCUAUAUUCCAGGAUCGUUGGCAUUCCCAAAAGGUCUCACUUCAGCUCCAGGGAGGCCAAGGGUGGCGCCAAAUAGUCCUGUAAUAUUUGAUGUCAGUUUGGAAUACAUACCCGGUCUGGAAGUGGACGAAGAGUAGUAAUGUUGUAAAUCUUCAUCCAAAAUUUGUCAUUAAUUUCACCAAUGUAAGUUACUUCAUUGUAUGCCUUCAUAAUUCAAUUUUGUUAUUCCUGUAUAAAUUGAGAAGUGUUCUUUUCUUAUACAAGUUUAAACUUCUAUGGCUUUUUACCAAGAAGUUUGACA